AAUUUUUGCAUUUGCGCUCUGCCUUCCCACCUCAUAUACAAGAAGCUCCAUCUCGCGCUCUUACACGCGCACUCAAAGCAACGCACUGCCGGUCCGCUCAUCGUAGCAGCUCAUCAAUCACCUUGCAAGCCCUCAGAGCAACCUUGCCAAAGCUACACAAGCUGCAACUCCCGCAAUCAACAAUCCUUGCCACAUCGCAUCGAUCACCUCGCGCCUCCAAAUCCGCUCACGAGCCUCGAGUUUGGGACGAGCUUUGGCGUGCAGAUCACACUUGUGCACCUUUGAUAGCUAGCAAGAUCGCACCAUCACCUUGACAGACAUUGACAUUGUUGCAAAAUGGCUACCUCGUUGCAUUUUGGCCCUGAAUGGAUGCGCAGGGGACCAGGCAAGUCCGCUUCCAAUGCCAACGCUUCGCAAGCAAACGGCAAUGCGCCGGGUAGUGGUGGUGGUGGUGGUGGUGGUGGCGGCGCAGAGAACACCUCCAACCGAUCUGUAUCACCAGGUCGUCCUUCUUCGAAUACCAGUGCCACCUCUGCCGGUGCUGCUGCUACUGCCGUGGGUAAUGGACCGCUAGGGGCUCUGGGCUCUCUGCCCACUUCCACUCGACGCAACCCCAGCCUAGGAAACUUGUCGCAUGCUGCCCCUUCCAGUCUUUCAUCGCAAUCUGGGCCUGGAUCCACUUUGGGCUCACCAGCGGUAUCCAGUCCCGGCCUAUUCAGCUUUGCGGCAGCGGCGGCUGGAGGCGGUGGGGCUGUCGGAUCAGGAGGAGGUGGUGGUAGUGCAGGUGGUGCAACAGGUAGUGCUGGUAUCACGCCUGGCAACACCUCCAAUAGCACUUUGGCUGCGGCUGCCGGUGGUGGAGGCGCUUCUUCUCAGCAGCCCAACAGCUCCUCACACCAGUCUGGAGCCAAUGCUGAUGCUGAUUACAAGCUCUUGAGCUUGUACGGUGCAGACCCUCAGUCUAAUGCCAAUCCCAAAAGUCCUCUUCCCGAUACGGGCAAGGAACAUUGGUCGACUGUGGGGGUGGCAGAGAGAGGCAAGAAGAAGCCGCUUGGUGGCAUUCUGGACCGAGACAGGGAUCUCUCCAGAAGAAAUGCGGAUACCGGAGGUCCAUUGUCACCCGCGCUAGGAGGCGAGCCACGAGGUUUGAAUACUCGAGCAUUUUCUGGAAGCUCCACUGGUGUGGGCGAAGGUCGAAGAUCCGGCUUAUUCGGUCGAGGUCAAGGCGGCGGUGGGAUCGGGGUCUUGAACGUCAAUACAGGUUCGAGCGCUGGCAGUGGUCCUGUUUCAGGUUCGACCAAUCCUAUGAGUCCCAGUAUGCCUCGCGAACGAUUCUCGGGCAUACAGGGUGGUGUGCUUGGGGGUGUCGCGCCUACGCGAAAGCGUCAAGACAGUGAAGGAGGCGGCAACAGCGCGACCAGUACGAGGAUGCCACGACCACCGUCCGACGAUGCCGAGCAAGGUCAUGAUCGUCGUCCCAGUCGUACCCGAUUAUCGAUGGGUGCGCUGGGAGAAGUGGGAACGGCAGCGACAGAUGCGGUCUCGUCACCACUGGAAACGCAGCCCGAAACGCCGCGUUCGGCUCUGCCAACACCUACUGGAGGCAGUCUGUCAGGCCGCUUCAAGAGAGAUCGCAUACCUGGCGAGGGACCAAUCGGACCCAAUGCCGAUGGCAGCGCAGGCUUUGGCAAGUUCUCGUCCGUAGGCAGAAAGCGCGAACGUCAGUCAGCUGCGGCCGCAGCUGCUGUCUCUUCUGCCGAGCCUGGUCAGCAGGAUACAACAGAGCAUCAAGGCGUCGCGGAAACGGAUGCCGCCGCUGGUGAGCCUGUGGACCAGAAUUUGGCGGAUCGAACCUCUUCAUCGUUAUCUCUUGCCAACUCUGGACCCUUGGACACUGUGCCCGAUUCGUCAGCGAAGCUGCACACCGAAAAUUUGAGUCAUGCUGCCUCGGACGAGCCUACGCCAGCAGAAUCGGCCGAGUGGUCUCCAGAGACCGAAACAUGGUAUUACAAGGAUCCUUCGGGCACAUCUCAAGGUCCGUUCCCGGCUACAACCAUGCAGGACUGGUUCGAGCAGAGCUACUUUACUGGCGAUCUUCCGAUGCGACGAGGUGCAGAAGAGGAAUUUGAGCCUUUGGCCAGCAUACUCGCUGCUCUGGGCCAUCCCGAAAAGCCUUUUUUGACGCCUCCUGUUGCAGCACCUUUAGCACCUUUGGCGCCGGAGGUGGAGCGAUCAGCACAAUCAGGCGAUCAGUCGCAGCAGCAACCUCUUUUGGAGGACUCGGCCCCUCAGCACCUUCAGUCAGCUGCGGAUCUCAAUGUCGGUGCGGAACACGGAGACUCUGGACUCUCAAGAGACGUGCCUCAAUCCGCAGAGGGUCUUGCUCCAGACGUGGGUGGGCGGCCAUUUGAUCAGUAUGGCUCUUUCGGAACCCCAGGACAACAGGACCCGUCCGCAGCACAUCCAUGGGGGCCUAAUGAUCGUAUGGGUCCGGGCUUCGGCUCCCACGCUUGGUCCCAGUCGAGCUUUGGUUUCGGUGGCGGACCUGGACCUCUUCCGCCGCAGUCGUUUGGAGAACACCACUCGCCCUUCCUGCAGCACGUGCAGCCUCCUCAAUCUCCCUUUGGCGCACCCGCUGCUUUCGGACCACAUGGACCUCGUGGCCAAGAGGAGUACUUGCACAUGAUACGGCAGAGGGAGCUUCAGGAGCAACGCCAUGCAGCUGCAGCUGCUGCUGCUCGCGCUCAGGCUGGCUCCGGGUUGGGCUUUGCAGCGCCACCACAUUACCUGAACGAUGCCUUCGGUGCUCGUCCAGGUCAGGCAUGGAAUGACGUACCAGGCCCAUGGUCUCACCAGGGCGUGCAUGGCUUGCCAGGCCAUCAGCUGCCGCCCUUCCAACACAACUCUUCUCCAUUCGGAGCGUUCAACCCUCAAAGACAACCAUCUUUCGACUCGGUAGGAUCUCCAUGGCGCUCUGCUGCGGUCCCCUCAUUGCCUGACGGUGGCUUCAACCAUCAACCCAAUGAUCAGCGAAGUGCGAGCCAGGUCUUCGAUCAGGUCACUAACCCGAUCGCGCCUGCAGAUGCGAGUCAUGAAGAGGCCCACCCGGCGCAUCAGCAGACCGACGGAGCGUCGGUGCAGGCAGCAGCGACUCCUCCCGACGCACCCGCAGCAAGUCUGCCCACUCAGGCUCAAACUGAGAUCGCUCUCGAUCUUCCUCCUGCCGCGUCUUCGCCCUCUGCGCCGACUGUGGCGAAUCCAGCUACCCCAACGCCUCCUGAACCAACGCCCGAGGAACUUUGGCCGCAGAGCCCUUCUGCUGUUGAGUUUGCUGCUGAACCGCGCCUCGCGGAGGAGCCAGCGCCUGCGCAAGCGAUCUCUGAGGCUGACAGAGGCGAUGGCAGCGAAACUUCGGUGCGCAACAAGCGGUCUCGACGCAAGCAGCAGCAACAAGCUUCGGAAGGUGCCCUCUCCGAUACUGGCGCUACUGGCAAGGCUCCACGCGGCGCGGAGCAAGCAGGCGGUCUGAAGGUUCUGUCUCGUGAAGAAUUUGAAAAAGCGCAGUCUGGUCAAGGCAAAGGUGCUGAUCAAGGUCAGGCUUCAGCCGCUACUUGGCUUGUCGAUUCGCCCUCAGGUGGGACUCCGACCGCAUCGAAAGCUCCGUGGGCAAAGGAUCAAGCGGAGAGCGGGACUGCGCCCGGAGGUUUGAGCCUUCGACAGAUCCAGGAAGCUGAGCAACGUCAGGCGGAGAUGCGCCGAGCCGCAGAAAGAGCUGAUGCAGCGCAGCGAAUCAAGACUUCUUCUGCGGCCAGCGAUGCUCUGCCGACUACGAUGCGAUGGGGUCUUGCUAGCGGUCAUGCGCACGGAGCACCACCAUCGGUCGAGGAUGCCCGAGCCUCUACGCCAACAACUUCGGCUGCUCCGGCCUGGAACACCUCGACGAGUGCGUCUAAGAAAAAGACUCUGAUGCAGAUUCAGGAAGAGGAGCAAAAGAGAGCUGCGAAGGCCAAGGAGGCGCAAGCGGCUCAGCAAGCCGCUUUGCAGCGCGGUUACGCCGACUCUGCUACGCGCCAGACUGCACCUGCUCCAGCUGUCAGCCAAGGCGGCGGCUGGAGCGUGGUGGGGGCCAAGUCUGCAGCUACGAACAGUCCUGUUGUCGCGACUGCUGCGCGACCUGCUGGCGCAUCUGCAAGCGCUCGAGCUGUCAGCUUGAACAGCCCUGCAGCGGGAGCCUGGGUUGCUGGCACGGCCAAGCAGAACGGAGCAGUCGCCGCGCCUGCCAGGUCCUCCGUUACGAGCUCGCCUGCCGUAUCGAAGGCCAAGACUGCCUCGUCGAGCGCAGCUGGAGAGUCGGGCAACGACCAGCCCAGCGCGGAAUUCCUCAAGUAUCUCAAAGAUCAGCUCAAAGGCCUGAACGUCAAGGUGGAAGACUUUGUCGAGAUGCUGCUCUCUUUUCCGCUCGAUCCCUCACCAGACGUGGUGGAGAUUAUUGCGGAAUCCGUCUAUGCGAACAGCAGCACGAUGGACGGUCGAAGGUUCGCAGCCGACUUUGUGGCGAAGCGCAAGAUGGAUGCUCAGAGCGGACGAGGGGUUGGUGCGGGCGUGGGCGGCGGAGGAGGAGGAUGGAGCGGACGCGGCGGGGCGCUUGGCUUUGGCAUGCCGAACGGGCAGGGAAGCAUGGGACGAAGCACUAGCGAAUCUUUUGGUGCUGCUGCGGGUGUUGGAGGCGGCGCGAGAUCGUCUGCUGCUGCCCACGUUGCCGCUGGUGCAACGGCCGGCUCAAGCGCCAACGACUUUGCAGGUUUCAAGGUGGUCAAGGCCAAAGGUGGCAAGAAGGGCGGUAGAGCAUGAAGGGGGAAAAAUAGGGGGCGAAAGCAAAAAGGGCCACCCCGUGCGCGUAGCCUAGCUUUCGCGAAGAGGCCAAAAAGCGACAAAGGAGCCAGCUACUUUUGCAAACUUAUCUGUUGCCCUCGCCCACACGACGAAAUGAAAAUGAUUUUUUUUCCUCCG